AUGAUGAAAUCUGCUACCUGUUUGCUUUUGCUCGCAGCUGGCUCCUUGCAAUCCAAUGCUCAGACCGCGGUAGACAAUGCCCCAUUUGCCGAUGCACUCACGGGGGAACUCUACGAAGAAGGCAGUAACGAUUGUACGUCGUCCUUGGGCGUUUCCAUGGCGAUGAGUCUCGUGUAUCCAAGCGCCGUUAGUAAUAGUGAUUCGGAGCUCCAGAUCAGGACCGUUUUGGGGUAUCCAAGCGACUCCCAGUCUACGCUGCUAUGGGAGGAUGCUACCGCGAGUCUCACGUCUCGGUACCAAGGCGUCUGCUACAACGAAUGGGAUGGCGGUUGUCAAGGUGAAGAACCCACCGUGCAAAUUGCCAACAGUGUCUUUGUACACGACGAAAUCACGCUGAAUGCAACUUACGAAGGAGUCGUGGGAGACUACGUGCAGCAGCUGGAUUUUCAAGACCCUGAAGCUGGAUCUAUAGUCAAUGCUUGGGUCAAUCAAUCUACCAAUGGACUCAUUGAUUCGUUAGUCGAAGAAGGAUCUCUGGAACCUUGGAUUGUUCUCAUUAUCAACUCCAUCUAUCUCAAGGCGUCAUGGACCAACCAGUUCAGCGAAGACCGCACCAAUGAAGACGUCUUUUUUCCCACUGGUUUGAGCGCGGACGGUGAAACUGGUACCGGUAGUCUAGCUCAUUUCAUGCACAAUGUGGAAUACUUCCCGUACUCCCAUGACGCUAUUCCUGGAUACCAAAUCUUGCAGCACACAUUUGCCGGUGGUGCCGAAUCCUCCGGACUCUCCAUGAUUUUUGUACUGCCAUUGCCAGGAACAACGCCCACGACAACCUUGGUCUCUUCCCAACAAAUUUUGGGAGCGUUGAGUCAAUUGGAAAGAACUCGAAUGGCCGUUGCAUUGCCAAAGUUCAAAUUCGAGUCAGAGUACGAAGACACCUUGAAGGCGGCACUUCAAGAUCUUGGAAUGACUUCUCCAUUUGACGAACAACUCAUCAAUAACCUGUGUAUUCCUGAUGACACCUGCCACACAUUUAUUGACGUGAUUAUUCAGAAAACAAUCAUUGAUGUCAAUGAAAAAGGAGUAGAAGCAGCCGCUGUUACAGGGAUUGGUAUCUCGGCAACAUCAUUGCCUCCACCAUUUGCAACCCUUUUCAUGGCAGACCGGCCCUUCCAGUUCUUUAUUCAUGAUCAAGCUGAGAAUGUCGUACUCUUUGAAGGAAGAGUGGGGCAACCAGAGAUACCACAAGGCAGCGCUGCGCCUCUGCAGGCCAAACAUGAGGACGCGGACUUUUGGGAAAACACAUUUUUCGUCGAGGCCACGAUGCCCGUGCCCGAGACCAUGCCAGCCACUACGGAAGCACCCACGAAUACUGAUACCAUGAUGGAGUCUUUGAACACCACGGUCCCCGAGGAUGAGGGGGGUUCCGACAUUGAGAUGAACAACCAAACCAAUGCGGAGCAGGAAAGCACCAACAGUAGCGCCAGCAUGACCGACGAAGGAUCACCAGUCGAGGAUACAGGUGGCACAUCCACAGUAUCCAUCACAGACACAACAGAAGAUACUGAGCUCACGUCCUCGGCCGCAUGGCGUACGGAUGGAUUCUUGGCUGGGCUCGUAAUGUUGGUGGCCUUGUACCCAUUCCUGGCCAUCGCGUAG